AAAAGAAGACAACAACUAGAACAGCAACAACAACAACACUACAGAAUGUCCUCACUCACCCCCGACUACACCCGCAUCCCUUCCUUGUACCGCUUCUUCUUCACCUGGAUAGAUCCCGUCAUUUGUGUCUGGGGCGCCUCAAUGGAUUUCUUCCUCCCUUCUCUCGUGCUCUCGUCGCACAUGCCAUCGCCACCAACGCCCGACCAAGGCCACAUGAUGAUUCUGACGCAGCGCGGUGGCGGCAUGCUGGAUUUCGGCAUUGUGUCUGCGGCGUUGCUGCGGUACACAGACGACGUCAAUGUCUGGCGCAUUGUGCAGGUCGCUUGCUUGGUUGUCGAUCUCGCGUAUUACUGGAGCGUGUGGCGUGUGUUGGGUGCGCAGGGCCGGUUGAGUGUCGCGACGUGGAGACCCGAGGAUUGGGGUAGCGUGGGCAUUACCGCUGUGGCAGGGAUGGUGAGAACGGCAUUUUUGAUGGGUCUUGGUUUUGAGAACAGUCGAGGAAGGGGUAAGAAGCGGGAUUAGGGAGUUGGGCACUCAGUGUUUUUUCUUUUUUCUUUUUGCGGAACGGGGAUGCGUUGGGAACGUAAUAAAGUCUCCCGAGUCAUAGCUAUUGCUCCGCAAGAUUGUCUUACAGCCCAGCUGUGAUAAAGCUGGCGAGACCAACUAUGCACGUUUACCAGAAUACUAUACGAGUACUAUACGAAGAAUCGAGGCCCAUUCAG